GAACAGCAUAGGCGAGCGAGCGAACAGCGCCAUUCACAAUCACAAAGUGAAAGCCACGCGCGCAUCGCUCCUCGUUAAACGCGAGAGAUCCGAAACAGCACACUUUGCAACAAUAAAGGACGCCAAUCGCUUGCCUAUAUGCGCUUUGCUCUGUAACACGCCUGCCUCUGAACCCACGGCUCUCCGCAGUGCGCCGAGCUGCACGUACUGCAGCAGCUCACGGUUGAACUUCGCGUGUUUCAGAGAGAUCGCGCGCGCCCGCGCGAGUGCUGUGUGCGUGCGCGCGCGCGCGCGCAUCCGCAGUGCGCGCGCGCGCGAGUGCUGCGCGUGCGUUUCGCUUCUUAAUUAACCAAACAACCUCGCUGGCUCAACUGGCCGGCUGGCUCGCAGCGCUCCCCGCCGAUCGGAGCGGUGAGGAGGGCUCGCCCGGCCGAGGAGGAGCAUGUCGAAGCCGUCCUCCCCGCUCAAGCUCAAGCGUCACGCGCCCGCAACGCGGCUGUCGCCCUGCGCCGCAGCCGCCCUGCAGGACAGCUCCGUCACUGCCUCCGAUCCGGGGUUCAGGGGCAGCUACAGCCAGCUGCCAACUCCGCCGCCCACGCCGCUCGGACCGUGCCCCGCCAUGGGCAGCAAAGCGCUGCCGGCGCCCAUCCCCAUCCACCCGUCGCUGCAGAUCACCAACUACUCCUUCAUGCAGGCGGUGAACGCCUUCCCGUGCGCGCUCGACCAGCUGCAGGGCUUCUAUGGCAGCUUCAGCGCCCUGCAGGCCAUGCAGGUGAACCAGUGGACGCUGGGCUACCAGCAGCUCGCCGCUCUCCGUGGGGGCGACCUCCCGCCGUCGCCCGGCGGGUUCCUCGACGUGUGUCGCCUCCCGCUGCCGGGGAUGCCGCUGUCGCCCCAGGCGUUCCACGGAUGCAAGGCGCUCGGCGUGAAGAAGGAGCGCCCCCGGUUCGACUUCGCGAACCUGGCCCUCGCCGCCACGCAGGAAGACCCGUUCCCGAGCAAAGGAGUGCCGCGCGCCUCCGAUCAGAGCCGCGGCGGGGGCGACCACGGGUACGCGCCCGCGGCCGCGGUGGGGGACGGCAGAGCCAGGCCGAGUCGGGGCCGCCUGCCCGUGAAGACGAGGAAGGAGUUUAUCUGUAAAUUCUGCGGCCGCCACUUCACCAAGUCGUACAAUCUCCUUAUACACGAGAGGACGCACACGGACGAGAGGCCGUACACGUGCGACAUUUGCCACAAGGCGUUCAGGAGGCAGGACCAUCUCAGGGAUCACAGGUACAUACAUUCUAAAGAAAAGCCUUUCAAGUGCCAAGAAUGUGGCAAGGGGUUUUGCCAGUCUCGGACUCUGGCAGUCCAUAAAACGUUGCACAUGCAGGAAUCGCCACACAAGUGCCCCACGUGCGCGAGGACGUUCAACCAGCGCAGCAACCUGAAGACUCACCUACUGACACACACGGACAUCAAACCCUACAACUGCGAGCACUGCGGAAAGGUGUUCCGACGCAACUGCGACCUGCGGCGGCACAGUCUCACGCACAGCCUGCGAGACGUCUUCUGAAGAAGGAUGCAGGCAGCAGCCUGGCAUGCCCACACCAUCACUACCCCCCCCCCCUCACCAACUAACAUCUUCACAACGCAACAACGAUCAGGCCAAGCCCGCAUCGGCGCCCGCCAUGCGACGCGGCUGUUUGUGCGC